GGCGAAGAAAAGGCGCGCGCGACGCCCGAGUCCGUCAGUCUCGCCAGGGUCGCCACAAGGGUCGGACCACAAUCUAGUCAUUAAAACUUUUUUUAUAAUUGUAUUUUUAUAAUUUUGUAAUCAAAAGGCCAUCAUGAAAGUGUUCAUCGUACUAACAGCUGUCACCGCGCUAGCGAGUGCACAAUUCAAAUGCCCCAACAAGGAUGGCCAGUACGAGGACCCCGUCCAGUGUGACAAGUUCUACGAGUGUGUGGACGGUGUUGCCACCACCAAGCUGUGCCCAGACGGUCUGGUGUUCGACCCCACCAUCAGGAAGAUCAACAAAUGUGACCAACCCUUCAACGUAGACUGUGGAGACAGGACUGAGCUCCAACCUGCCAAGCCCAACAGCCAGUGCCCCCGCCGCAACGGUUUCUUCGCCCACCCUGACCCAUCCAUCUGCAACGUCUUCUUCAACUGCAUUGAAGGAGAAGCUACUGAAGUCAAGUGUACCGCUGGUCUCCACUUCGACGAGUACUCCGGAACCUGUGUCUGGCCUGACUCUGCUGGCAGACAGGGAUGCCAGGUGCAAGAAAAGAAAACCAAGGACGGUUUCGAGUGCCCAGUCCAGCAGCAGGUAGAUGCUCAAGGCCAGGCUAUCGCCCACCCCAAGUUCCCCCACCCCACUGACUGCCAGAGGUUCUACGUGUGCCUCAACGGUGUAGAGCCCCGUGACCUUGGUUGCCAAGUCGGAGAAGUCUACAACGAGGAAUCACAGAAAUGUGACGCCCCUGAGAACGUGCGUGGAUGUGAGGACUGGUACAAAGACGCCGAAGAUGCCGCGCCCGCCCCCAAAGCGAGAUCUUAAGCCUAGUGAUAUCAUAACAUAGUUGUAUGCUAAGACUUAAUAAGUUAA